AUGGACAUGCUUUUUACCACAGACCCAUUAGACAUCCAACAUGUUUUGAGCAAGAACUUUACUAAUUAUCCAAAAGGCCCAAAAUUCCGUGAAAUAUUUGAUUUCUUUGGAGAUGGCAUCUUUAAUGUCGAUGGACAUUUAUGGGAGAUCCAACGCAAAACCACCAUGUCCCUUUUCAGGCAACCCAACUUUCAAAGUGUCUUCGAAGGGAUUGUCUGGAAUAAGAUGGAAAGAGGUCUUUUACCAAUAUUGGAAUCUAUUUCCAAACCAGGCAAUGAGAUGGAUUUGCAGGACAUAUUCCAAAGGCUAUUUUCACCUCCAAUCUUUUGGAAAUUUCAACAACUAUUUAGAAUGGGGAAUGAAAAGAAGUUAAGUGAAGCAAACAAUACUUUUGAUCAAUUCCUGUGUAAGUGCUUAGCUAGAAUACAACAUGUAUCCAAUACUAACAUAGAAAGUGAACAUUUUGGAUUGGCAUCCUUGGUUAGAGAGUUUAAAGACCAAAGCAGUAGUUUUGAAGAUCCUAGCAAGUUUUUAAAAGAUGUCAUAAAGAACCUAAUUGGUGCUGGGAGAGACACAACUAGCACGGCUCUCUCAUGGUUUUUCUAUCUCAUUGCAAAAAAUCCAAUCGUAGAGGGCAAGAUCCGAGAGGAGAUUCACUCAUUAUUACAAGAGAAAGUAGAUGAUCAAAAGAACUGGAAUUCCAAAGAGUUAGGCAAAUUGGUUUAUCUUCAUGGGGCACUAUGUGAAGCCUUGAGGCUUUACCCUCCUGUUCCUUUUAACCACAAAACUCCAUUACAGCCAGAUAUACUUCCAAGUGGCCACCAAGUUAAUCAAAACACUAAGAUUUUGCUAUAUUUUUAUGGCAUGGGAAGGAUGGAAAAGAUAUGGGGUGAGGAUUGCAUGGAGUUUAAGCCUGAAAGAUGGAUUUCAAAGGAAGGAGGGAUCAAACAUGAAUCAUCUUACAAGUUCCCGACUUUCAAUGGUGGACCAAGGAUUUGUAUAGGUAAGGACAUGAGUUUCACUCAGCUAAAGAUAGUGGCUUCUAUGAUCAUUUAUCAUUAUCACAUUGAGCUGGUGGAAGGUCAUAUGGUGUAUCCAAUUGCUUCAAUAACACUUCAAAUGAAGCAUGGGUUGAAGGUGAGGUUAACCAAACUAAGUUAG